UUCACCAUGCCCGCUCCGACAUACAUAGCAUCCUCAUUGACCGAGCUUGUUGCCAUCCGAGCUAGGGUCCAACCGAACGAUGUUGCCAUCUAUACAGGCAUUGACGAACCGGGGCCUCUACUCAGAGCACUCACUUAUUCACAGGUCCAGCGUGCAGACGGGAUUCCGCCUGAGCGUGUCAUAGCCGUUCUAACGUCUUCGGCUGUUGAUGAAUCACUUCUGGAGAUCGCAUUGGCCAAGCUGGGGCUUGCGUCUCUUCUGCUUUCCGUCAACAACUCGGUCCCAGCGAUCGCCCAUCUGUGCAAGAUUACUCAGUCGACGCAUCUCAUAUAUGGUUCGAAACAUGCGCUAUCCCAUCUGGGGCCGGGAGGCGUUGAUGAUGUGAAGAUUGAACCAUUCCCUGCUGUGCUCAAACCGCAGGACGAGAAGAAGAGGACAUGCGUGAUACUGCAUUCGUCUGGAUCAACCGGUUUCCCGAAGCCGGUAUACAUAUCGCACUCCUCAAUGAUCGCCAAUGUUGCCGGUUUCGUCAGCAAGCCUGGCUUCAGUGCCCUACCUGUGUAUCAUGGAUUCGGGCAUUACAGCGUGUUCCGCUGCUAUUACCCAGGGGUUCCGUUUGUGCUGUAUCCUGCGCAUCUGCCCUUGACUUCGGCGAAUCUUUGCAAGGUUAUCAAUGCUAUCCCUAUCCCUUGUCCACUGGGCUUCGCCGUGCCAUAUGUCAUCAAGCUGCUAGGAGAGACUGAAGAAGGUACCAGAGCUAUGGCGAAGUUUGAAAGCGUCACAUACGCUGGAGCUGCCGUUCCUGACGACCUUGGCGACCGUCUCACGGCUGCAGGCGUGAAUUUGAAGGCGAUAUUUGGGUCCACAGAAACCGGGUCUUUCCUCUCGUCUGAUCGCAAUUUCGCCGACGACAAAGCAUGGAAUUGGUUGCGAGUAGAGGGUCGAAUCGCAGACUACCUCCUGAUGGAGGAUAGGGGCUCCGACACAUACGAGUCGGUUGUGUUGGAUGGCUGGCCUGCUAAGAACCAGUCUAACCGCCCCGAUGGGUCAUACGCCACGAAGGACCUCUUUGUGAAGCACGCCGAACACCCCAACUGGUACAAAUACAUCGGCAGACUGGACGACACCCUUGUGCAGGUGCUCGGAGAGAAAACGAAUCCAGUCCCUAUCGAGCUCGCCAUCCAAGGGAACAGUCCAUAUGUAGAACAAUGUAUUGUCUUCGGUGCAGGAAGGCCACAGAUUGGUUGCCUUCUACUACCGUCGGACUUCGCCAAGGGCCUCUACAAGGAUCGUGAUGCCUACAUGGAGAAGGUUUGGCCAGUCAUUGAGGACGCCAACGCACAAGCCCCGACGCAUUCACGAAUUCUGCCAGAGAUGGUGUAUAUCCUCGAGUACGGCACGCCGAUUCCCCAGGCUACCAAACUGUCUAUCCUUAGACCCGCGUAUGGCGUGUAUGAUCGCUUCGAGAAUGGUUCCAGCGCAAACAAGAUAGACUUGUCACAAUCAGAGCUAGAGGACUUCAUCUUCAACGCGACCACUCAGACCGAAGCUCACCAAGACAUCGACCUUUUCGCCUUUGGCGUCGAUUCAUUGCAAGCCACUCGGAUACGGAACAUUUGUCAGAAGGAGCUAGAGCUAAACGAACAAACGCUGGGACAGAAUGUGGUGUACGAGAACCCGUCAGUGGAGAAGUUGGCCGCAUUCAUCACAGCACUGCGUUCUGGGGCCGGGAGGGAUAAGUCGGUCGCAGAGGACCACGCUGCGAUGUGGACCAUGGUCGACAAGUGGGCAUCGAAAUUCGUCCAAUGGGAGGCCCCGGAGCAGACUUCGCAGCGCAUGAAUUCUGCAUCUCAAUUGUCGUGCGUGCUUACCGGAGCUACGGGAUCGCUCGGCGCACAUAUCCUCCAUCAGCUUGUCUCUUUCCCUUCAGUCGAACGUGUCGUCUGCCUGUCUCGCGCCAAGACCAACGAAGACUCUGUAACUCGAUUGCAGGAAUCGUUGAAGUCGCGCCGACUACAACUGUCGGGCGAGCAGUGGAAGAAGGUUGAAUCGUUCGCAGCGGACGUCAAUGAAGAUCACUUGGGACUGUCGUCGGGAGCUUAUGAGCACAUAGUGUCUCAAGCGACUGCUGUGAUCCAUAACGCAUGGCCUGUCAACUUCAACAUGAACCUCGACUCAUACGAUGCGCACAUCGGAGGAGUUUUGAAUCUCAUCAACCUUUGUCUUCGGUCGCCGAAGACACAAUCGCCAUCGUUCUACUUCAGCUCGUCUAUUGCCGCUGUGACGGGGAGUACUGAUCCUGUGUGCAACGAGGAUUUCCCGACGUCUGCUGCGACAGCGCUGCCGACCGGCUAUGGUCGAAGCAAAUGGGUGGUCGAGAAGCUGUCCGAGAAGGCUGCUCGCGCUACGCCUCUGCAUGUAGGUAUCCUGCGCAUCGGGCAGGUUGUCGGCGAUACCAAAAGUGGUGUCUGGAACGAGACCGAGUCCUGGCCGCUGAUGUUCAAGGCCACGGAGAGUACACGCGCGCUGCCUACCUUCCAGCAGAAUCCACAGUGGCUUCCCGUCAACAUCGCUGGCCGUGCCAUUGCCGAGAUUGCCACUCGCUUUGAGCCACCCAAGGCCGCAGUCUACCACAUUGUGAAUCCGACUGUGACCAGUGGAUGGGAUACGAUUAUCGCAGGGCUCAAGAAGGCGGGCAUUGAGUUCGACGUGGUCAGCCGCUCGGAGUGGCUGGAUCGUUUGGCGAAGUCGGAUCCCGACGGCGAGCGUAACCCUGCAAUCAAACUUCUGCCAUACUAUCGCACUCGAUUCGGGAAACCAACUGAGAGCAUUCCCAUGCAAUUCCGCGUCGACACAACAUGCAGCAUCGCACCCACCCUCGCCACUUCGCCUGCCAUAUCGCAGGAUCUUGUCGAGAAAUGGGUACAACACUGGCGGGAGGUUGGCUUCCUAGGACAGAGCUGAGAGAUGCUGCUGUACUAUAGCUACUAGAGAACAUGCAUGUCAAUCACUGCUUACCUCUCUACUAUGCUGCUGGAAGUAGGCCGCGUGGUAGACAUAUUAACUUGAUGCAUUCCGAUUGUCAACAAGCCCUUGCUAAAGAA